UAUCCAUAUGAGAGGUACAUGAAACAUUUGAAGGGGAAAGCAAAAAAUUUAGCAAAGGUGGAAGGUUCGAUCAUUGCUGGGAGUUUGACAGCAGAAACUUCUAACUUCACGUCUUACUACUUUGCUCCAACCGUCCGUACAAGGAAAAGAGUUCCUAGAAGAUAUGAUGAUGGUGGAGUACCUUCGUCAUAUGCCAUAGACGGUGUUCCUGACAUUUUUUGUCAAAUUGGACGAUUUGGUGGUAAGCUGAAAGAAGUCUGGUGGUCUAGUGAAGAGGACAAGCAUAGUGCCCACACAUAUAUUAUGCUGAACUGUGGGGAUGCAAUCACGUCUUCGUUUGAAAGCAUGUUUGUAUCUCAAGUUGAAGAAGCAAUACCGGGAAUAUCUGAAACUGAAGUGGAAGGAAGAAAAGAAAAGCACUUUGUCAAGUGGUUAAAAUCACAGGUUGAGUAUGAUGAUCCAUAUUACCCUGUAUGGUUUCACGAAUUGGUCCAAGGUCCAGUAGCAAAGGUCACCACAUCACAUAUGUACUUCACACGAGGUUUUACCUUUCACACAUACGAGUAUGGAAGUCAUCGGGCAACAAGUAACUAUGGAAUAUGUGUGAAAGGCGAAACAGACUUUUACGGGAUCUUGCAGGAGAUUAUUGAAGUGGAAUUUCCAGGGUUAUUGAAGCUAAAAUGUGUCCUCUUCAAAUGUGAGUGGUUCGAUCCCGUUGAGAAUCGAGGUGUUCGGUUUAACAAAUUUGGUGUUGUGGAUGUCAACUCUGGGAGAAGAUACAACAAAUUUGAGCCUUUCAUCCUAGCUUCCCAGGCCGAACAAGUUAGUUUUCUUCCAUACCCUCGCCUUCGAAGUUCUGGGAUUAAUUGGUUGGCUACUAUCAAAAUUACACCUCGUGGACGAAUUAUUGCUGGAGAAGAACCACCGUUGCAAGAAGAAGAUGCUAUUAAUGAAGUUGAGGUUCCUGAUCAACAAACUGAUGAAAUUCUUUUGAUCGACCCAAAUAACCAUCAAUAUGAAGAUCUUCCCGAAGAUGCGACAGAUGAAGCACGUGAAGACGAGUUCGAGUGUAGUGACGACGAUGAUUGUUCUGAUGUUGAUGAGAACUCAAACAAUUCAGAAUGAUGUAAUAUAUGUAACAAAUGUUGUAUUUAUCUUAAAAAUUUGUUGUACCAAAUGUUGUUUUUUAUUACUUAAAUGAGAUACUUAAUGUAUGUGUACUAUA